AAACAUACUGCUUUUGCUACCUUUCCCAGUGAAAACGCAGCUGUGAAGGCUUUGUCAAGACUGCAUCAGCUGAAACUUUUAGGUCACACCUUAGUUGUUGAAUUUGCGAAGGAGCAAGAUAGUGUGCAGGUACUUAGCCAGCCUUCUGUCUCAGAGAAGUGUAAGAGUUUAGAAGAACCAGUGAAAGAAGAAGAGAAAAAAGAACCAAACUGUGUUAAAAUAGAGAAUGGAAUUGCACCCAACCAUGGCCUCACCUUUCCCAUCAAUUCUUGUCUCAAGUAUUUGUAUCCACCGCCUUCAAGUACAAUUCUAGCAAAUAUAGCAAAUGCCUUGGCAAGUGUGCCCAAAUUUUAUGUUCAGGUACUUCAUCUUAUGAAUAAAAUGAAUCUUCCACCACCUUUUGGACCAAUUACCGCUCGCCCUCCCAUGUAUGAAGAGUAUUUACCAGUGCCUGUGCCACCUCCCCCAGUCCCACCUCUGCCUCCUGAAGAGCCUCCUUUGCCAGAAGAGGAAGAAGAGCAACUAUCUAGUGGAGAUGAAUCAGAAUAUGAAAGUGAUAAUGAGGAGGAAAAGGAGAGAAUGACCAAGUUGAUGGAAUUAGCAACCCUUCAGCCUAAAAGACCAAUAAACACGAAGAGACGUGGUGUCAGAAAAAAGCAAAGAAUUAAAGACUUACUGAAUGUUCCUAUGUGUACUCCCCACAGUAAUUUGCACCCUACACUGUCACCUUCAGAUGUGUUUGAGCAGCCACAACAUGUAGGUCAUAAAAAAAUCGAGUUCCACAUUACUACUGACAUCCCAGCUGUUCUUCAGAUAAACUCGGAAAAGGACGAAAAAAAUGACCUUUAUGCAAGCACAGAAGAAAUCAAUAAUACAGGCUUUGGAAGGAUUUUUCCAGCUCCUAGCUCAAAUAAUAAAAUGGAAACUGAAGAGGAGGAGGAUGAAAUACCAUCAGAAUUUAUUUCUAGAAGGGAUCUAGAAAAAAACAGGCUUUCUAGAGAAGAAAUGGAAAAGUUUUCUGUUUUCAAAAACUAUGAGCCAGGUGAUCCAAACUGCAGGAUAUAUGUGAAGAAUUUAGCUAAACAAGUUCAAGAAAAGGAUCUCAAGUUCAUUUUUGGAAGAUAUGUUGACUUCCAGUCAGAAGUGGAACGAAAUAUGUUUGAUAUACGUUUGAUGAAAGAAGGCCGUAUGAAGGGACAGGCUUUCAUUGGGCUUCCUAAUGAAAAAGCAGCUGCUAAAGCUUUAAAAGAAGUGAAUGGAUACGUCUUAUUUGAAAAACCCAUGGUGGUUCAAUUUGCUCGUUCAGCUAGACCAAAACAGGAUGCCAAUGAAGGGAAAAGAAAAAAGUAG